AUGUGCGAUACCGACGCCGUUCGUGUCGAUUCUGGCCUGGUAGACGUAGGCAAAGCCUUCGGGUUAAACUUGCCCGCCAAGGAUCGCGUUACCUUUCGAAAGAAGAUUGAAUGCACUGUCUUACCGGUUGACGGAUACUACGAUGUCAUUGACCUGAAAGACAUGCCCAUUUGGAAACCGAACUUCCGGGAGAUAUUUCCAGGCGAACAAGUUGCAGCUAUCUUCUAUGGACCCACGCCCCCUCUUGAUACUGGCGAGAGCUUCCUUGCCUAUCUGGUCUCGUCCAACGUUAGUGGCAAUCCAAAAGUUCCGCGAGGCGGCAUGUUCUACGCCGGACCAAAUAACACAAUCCUUCCUACCUGGUUUCCGAAAGACAGCUUCUACCCUUUAAGUGCUGAAGGACCAGAAGGCGAUGUAUUCUGGAAGCCCUUCUUGCCAAACUCUCUCGAGUUCGAGGAACCUGUCGACGACCCCCUAUACUCAGCACAUAAAGAAGUGAAGAAGGUCGAUGCAGCCAAUGGUGAACCCUUCUCGCAAUAUCUAGCGGAUCAUCCGAUCAAGGGUGUGGGGUGUACGCAGCAUCUCCAAUAUUGCCAUGCCAGAGACGGUCAAGAUGACUGGUGUACCCCAUUUGAAGGUGUUCCCUACCACACGUUCCGCGACUUCGAUUUCCCAGAAGCGAACAGCGUUCAACGAGCUGUGCUGCAAUUAAUCGUCAAAGCGGUCUGGCUACAUGCUACCGUCAAUGUCAUGUCAUGCAAAGUGACCACCAUGAUGUCUCGAGGAGAUUUUGAUAUUCCGUCCGUACCUAAUGGUUUCUGGAAACAAGAAGUAUUGGGAUGGGAACAAGAGGUCUGGGCGGCGAUGCAAAUCCAGGUCUCACAGCACGCGAGUGGACCUAAAUUUGGCGACCCGUUCAAAGACAACGUCUUUCUCAAACCAGAGACAGAAGGCGAAAAAGCUCUCUGUGGAGCUCAGAAGAUGAGAAAGUCUGGUGGAUUUGUUAACAUCAACGUCUUCGGUCUCUCGUUCAUCAUAGCCUUCUCCGUCCUCGUCGCCAUUAUCGACAUCACACUCCUCAAAUUCCUUGUCUACCUCACCCGCUUCCGCCGCGCACUCGGUCCUCGCAUCGCACGCUGGACACAAGAUGGAGUAUGGCAGUUGCAACGCCGAGCCUACGAGGGCGAAGGCCACCGGAAUUGGACUGAUCUGGAAAGCGAAAUCCCGCUCAUGGAGAAGGGUCAUAAGCUCAAGGAUCUUCCGAUCAUGUGGAGGCCUGGCAAGAGUCCGAUGAUGGCGCAGACGUCUUCCUUCGCUUCGACGAAUUCGAUAGUGUCGGAGCAGCAGUCGGUAAGCGAGUUAGCGGCGGAGGAUGUAGAGACUGCGCCGGCUGUCACUGAGCCGCGGAGGGGCUGGUUCAGCUUCGCGCGACGUUAA